CCGAUAUGGUUUGACGUUUCUUAAUGUGGUCUCUUUAUGCUGGUGUUUGUUAUGUUUAUAUUGUUUCGAAAUAAUCUGCGAUGAAAGUUAUAGAUUCUUAAAUUUUUAGUGACUAAUAAUGUGUGAUGAGGGAAGUGAUUGUACGGAUAUUUCAGAAUUCAGACCUGGUGAAAGGUGGCCGCCCGUUGGUGCUAAUGAACUCGAUGACGAAACAGUUUCAUGUGGACAGAACGAUUGCAGGUUUACACCAGAAGAGAAAAGGUUGCGAGAUCUUGAGGAGCAGCAUGAGUCACUUAAUAGUGCCCUAAUAUCUCUGACAACACAUUUUGCACAAGUGCAAUUUAGACUUCGGCAGAUAGUGGAGACAGAACCGGGAGAGGAAAAAGAAAAGUUGUUAAAAGACUUGGAAGCAUUUGCUUUUAGAGGAAUUCCUGAUGCUCCAGACAAAAAACUACAGGGGAUGCUUUUCCCCCCUUACUUUAGUAGUGAUGAUUUUGAGGAAAAAAUGCGCCGACAGAGAGAAAAACAAAAGGAACUCAUUUCACAGUUAAAAACACAGUUGGAAGAUUUGGAAAAAUAUGCAUAUGAAACAGGAGAAGCAGGUUUACCACAAAGUGUGCUUAUGGAACGGCAGAAAAUUAUCAUUGAUCAGCUGAAAGGGAAAUUGAACUUGAAUGUUGAUGACAUGUCCAAACUUACUGUGGAUGAUAUAAGAAGUGAAGUGGACCAGGCAAUCAGUAAACUUAUUAACCCACUGAAGAUGAAGGAAAAUUUGGUAAUGCAACUGAAAACACAGAUUUCAGACUUGGAGCGAUUCAUUGAAUUUCUUCAAGGUGAAGGUACUCCUGAAGUUUCAACAGGUGAUAAAGAAUGCGUACAUAAUUGCCCUGUUCACUGUGGGAAAUAUUCCUCGUAUUCAUCCAAGAAGAAAUAUAACUUUAGAAAUAGGGAUGAUAUUCGAGAGGAAACUAUUAAUAUAAUGAAGAAAGCUGCUUCUCUUUUACACAUGUUUGCUGCACUGCAGUUUGGAUGUGGUACAGAUAAAUUUAGAAAAAACUCUCUAAAAAGAACUGUUAAGGCAAAUCAUUGGGGGGAUUUAAGAGCUCGAUUGGAACUUGCAGUGGAUGAAGUUCUGUCAUUGAUCCUAAACCCUGUAAAAAAUGUUGAUGCAGAUUAUAUGUCAGAUUCUGAUCAUGAUUCAGCUUUACUAUGCAAUGCUGCAUUAACAUCUGCAGUUAGGAAAAAGCUUGCUGUGAGCAUAAAAGAUCUUUUGCAACAUGGCCUAAUGCCUAUUGGUCAAAGUGUAAGUGUGGUUCCAUUCAUUGCCUGUUUUCCUCAAACUAGUGAAACAGAAAGAGAAGAGAUGCAUGCCUGGGAGUUGAUAUUAAAAUAUUAUGAGCUAAAGAAUGGCGAGAAAUAUAAUUCGACACCAGCAAGAAAACUGUCACAGAGCUUUAAUCUUGAUAUUGUUGGAGGAAAUGCAAUCUCAAAUAAACAGUGCACAGAAGCUCGUCACUUGGCUGCGGCUCAUUUUACGGUGUCAGAAACUUGUAGACAUGUACUACCAGUCCUGGAGUUACGUCAUUAAAACAGGAUUUGAAGACAGUUUUCAGAGCCUUGAUAGGCUGAGCCGGUUCAAAUUUGAUUUACCAGUUGAUUUGGCUGUUCGACAGUUGCAAAACAUCAAGGAUGCAUUCUGAAUCAAGACCUUUAAUCUAUUGAAUGAACUUUUUAUAAUUCUCUCUCUCUCUCUCUCUCUCUCUCUCUCUCUCUCUCUCUCUCUCACACACACACACACACACACACACACACACACACACACGCACCCUUAAAGAUAUAUUUAUAUAAACAGAGUAAUUUCAGUGCGGUAAUUUUGCUUGUGUGAUGAUAAUAAAAAAAGAUAGCACCUAAAAUCAAAGAUGUGUACAGAAUAUUAUAAAUUUGUCUGAAAAAUAACACCUACCAAAACAAGAAUGUGAUACAGAUGUCUCUCUCUCUCUCUCUCUCUCUCUCUAUCUAUCUAUCUCUUCAAUUUCUUACAAUUUCUUACAUUGGAUGGUUCAUUAGUUAGGAAAAACAUUACAAGCACAUUAUGCCAUUUUACCCCAAGAAAUCUCUCUUUUUAUUCAUAAAUUGAUUAGUAUGAAUUUUAAAAAGCAUUAAUCAGACAAUGAGGAAUUUGGAUUAUUAGACAUUCUAAAGUCAUGUCGUUAUCAAAUGGGACAGCAGUUAUAUGGAUUGCUUGUCAGAUGUUGAAAAAUAUCUGCAAAAACUGAUAUCAUCAGGUUAUUGGAAGAGAGUGUAGAAAUUUAUAAAGCCACUCAUUCCCUCCCCCUGUCUCUCAUGGCCUCCUCCCUCUGUCUCCCACCCCUUCUCCCCUCUCCCUCUCCCUCUCGCUCUCCCUCCCCUUCUCCCCCUCCUCUCGCUCCCUCUCCCCUCCCUUCUCCUCUCCUCUCCUCUCCUCUCCUCUCCUCUCCUCUCCUCUCCUCUCCUCUCCUCUCCUCUCCUCUCCUCUCCUCUCCGUCCCUCUCCCUCCCCACCCACCAAGAUUCAUAAGGCACAUUUUUUCUAGUGUUUCUACAGAUAUUUGAAAUUUCAUUUCUGUGAAGUGUAGCUGGAGUCAACUCAAGCAAUUGUUACUCAUCACAUCGUUCAUAUGACACCCGGUAUCAGUGGAAAACAGGGGUUUGUUUCCCAUGACAAAGAAAAUUAUUUUUAAAGUGGAAUUUUAUGUGCCCAUUUUACAGAGCAGUCUCAAAUUAGUCUAAGGCAAUAUUUGUUUUAUUGACAGUAAAAAAACUAAGAAUAACCAAUACAGCAACAGCACCACUCUGGCCCAUACUGACUGCUACUAUCAUGCAACAGCUCUGCUUAAUCAUUGCUGAAGUACUGAUUAUUCUUCAUGUUUUACUGUAUCUGUUAAUGCAUGCUGAUAAAACAAAUAUCACAAUGGUCUCAUUUGAGACUGCUCUGUCAAAUGCACAGGAAAAAUUGCACUUUCAAAAUGUGCUGAGCAGUAUUUGUUUGGGCUGACUCCUGCUACAUGUUGGGGAGAAAAAAAUAAUAUAAACACACACACACGCGCGCACACACACACACACACACACACACACACACACACACACACACACACACACAGUCAAAACCGUGUUCCUCACAUGUGGAUUUUGGAAACGUCUGCUCUGUCAUUAUUUUUUAUAUAAAAUUUGGAAAAAGAUUGUUUGUGAUCAGUGGGUGGUUUCACAUAUUAAAUACUUUCCGUCAUUUAUUUCUCACCCUUUUGAAAUACAUAUUGAACUGAUUGCGGAUUAAUGUUUGAGAAAAAUAUUCCUCGUGUUUGUGUUGGUGCAUCUAUUUUUUUAUUUGUAUUUAAAAUUUUAUAGAAACAAGGAAAGAGUCGCAGUACCUGUAGUAUAUUAAUAAGUGACAUAUACAGAAUAUAUAUUAAACUUGUAUAUAGGUAAACAUACACUCAUAUUGUACAUAUUGUCAUGUAUUUCUGCACAUACUACUAACUGAUUUGCGAGAAUGAAAUUAAAAAAAAAAAAAUAGUGUUAAGUAUUUUAUCAGAAAAUGCCUAGAGCAAGUUUAACAUAAAUUUGAAAGUGUGGGAUUAUGAGUUUGAUAGUUAGACUGAGCAAGCAAAAUUAGUCACAGAGGACUGAAAUAUUUCUAAACAGAAAUUACUAAAUAAUGAACAAUUUUGAGCUUUUACCAGUAAAUCUCACCAGUAUGCAUGUGUAUUAAGAGGUCUGUGAGUAGAAAAAAACAUGGUGGUGCAUAAAAAUCGUGCAAUGAGUAGAUGCCUCUCAUUCAUGCAGUGAAGAGUAUUUUUAUCAUUUAAGAUAAAAGAAUGAAAUUAUGCAACAACCACUAACUGUAGUCAUUAAUUUUAUGUAGUGGAUGAGCAAAAGAUGUCCAAGAUUUGUUUUCAGUCUAACCCACAAUCUUCAAAGGGUGAUUGCGCAGUAAAGCUGUUGAUCUUAGAUUAACACAAAAAAAUUAGCUCAGAUCAAAAUGAACCUGGAAAUCUGUAUUGUAUAAAUGUUGUUUGCAGAUUAUGUUGCCAUGAACUGGGAUCAACUUUGACUAUCAGAAUUGUGCAGUUCAAGUCAGUUUCAAAUGUAAAUCAUCAAUUCACAACGUUAUGACAUUACAAAAGAAAGGAUUUUAUUUCAAACAAAAGGUGAAAAUUAGUAAGUAAUAAAGAAGUUGUUGUUGACACAAAAAUGGCAAAUAAACAUGUGAAUACUCAACUCCCACACUACCAAACUUUAAAAUAAUUUUUCUGAACUGUAGGGUUGGGUUAAGGAAAUUAUUUGCAAUCUUAGUAAUGAGUUCAGAUAACAAUUGCUCUCAUAAGAAUUCUUGUAGGUGACAUGUAAUCAAUAUGAAAAAGUUUUAAGUAGACACUUAAUGGGAGAGUAAGAAAGAGAAUUUUCAAUUUUAGUUGUGAACAGUAAGUAUAUGGAGUUCAACAGUAAGCAGUAAGUAUGGAAUGUCAAUCAUGCUCUCUGUACUGAAAGAGCAGUAAGUACAUGCUGCAUGUUAAAUUCUAUGCAGGCCAUGUUAACAGAAGGGCAUGAAGUUAACUACCAAACACCCACAGCUGUGUGAAGCAGCAACACACACCUUGAUGUACUGAAAUAGUGUGUACUUUUAGGUCACUCUGUGAUAACACCUUUCUCAUGCAAAAAGCAGAGAAUGUAAAUUUAUACUUCUGCUGCUCUCUGCACAGAUACUUUCAUUAAUGUUAAAUAACAAUGGCUUCAAAACCUGCAAACUGUUGAAAGUUUCCUCUCUGCAGAGAGCUUUCUAAAUCUGUGACCAACGAGCUGUGAUAUGUGUUGUGUUUAUCAUAUAGAUAAGAAUAAAUAUUUUUUGUCUUGUGCAACUGAAUGUUUAUUAUUGAUGUUGAAAAUAAUAAUAAAUGUGAAGUUUCAAAUGCUAGAUUAUGUUUAUUCUUAUGUACAUGAUAAAUGCAAUACAGAUAGCAACUGUGGAGAAUAACUGCAAAUAUUAACAGUAUAAAUGUGUGUGUUUUUAUCAUGCUCACCAAGUAGAUGAAAGCUUGGUGUAACACCAUGGUCAACAACAGUUUAUGUUCAAAUCAGCCACCCACCUAACAACAAGCACCAACUAUCAGCAGCCAAAUGAUGUGUUCCAUAUGCUACUGGUCAUAAAAAUAAUUGUGAGAACACUAUGUUUUGGAACCAUACUCCCUGAAUAUGCCGCUUGCUGAUAUCCCAGCAUUUUGGUCCACUGUGCUGGGCGUAAUUGUGUAUGCAAGAAAGGUAAAUGCAGGGAAUUAUGUUGUUCCUUUUUGUUUCUUUACACGUAUCUGACUAUUUCAGUAUGUCUGCUGAGGAAGCGACCGAGUUCAGAUGACCUCCACAUGACUUGUGUGAAAGAGGAGAUCCGAUCUUGGAAUUAAAUGACAAACAGUUUAAACUGAUGUUUCACUAAGACAAAAAUACAAUGCAAGAACAUAACCUUUUAAUUUUUUUCUUUUCUUUCUGUCAUCACAACACAUUUUUAAAAUUUUCCAUUUACAAUUUGUACUCACGUUUUGUGAAUUAAUGCCAACAACAACUUCUUUCCAUGAAUUUUCGUUCUUGAUCGUAGUUGCAUUAUCAGUUCUACACACACACACACACACACACACACACACACACACACACACACACAGGCCCAAAAUGAUUUCCAGCAAUAAGUCUUAAAUUUUCUUCAUAUUUACAACACAAAACCUUCAGUAAAAACAUCAUGUAUCUAUGAUAUAAGAUUAAUCACUGUGGUCGAAGUGCAAUGAUCAUGUCGAAGUGUUUUGUGCUGAUUUAGAUCAUCACUGAACCUCAUUCAUUUGAUCUAAAUUUAGUGUCACACAACAUAGCAAAUUCAUGAACUAGGUUCAUUUUCUGAACUAUGGUCAAAAUUGAUCUCCAGUCGGUCAAGGUUAUACUAUUGGCUCAAAAUGCAGGGUUGUCUUUGUUUAUAGCUAGUUUGUUUUGGAGUAAAUUACCACUCGUAUCGUAAUAAUUUUUAAUGAACAGAAUGUAUUGUGACUUGUUCAACUAAAGGUCAUUUUCAUUUGCUGUAAGACAUGUUGGUGUAAUCACUAAAUUAUUGCUGUUGUUUAUUUCAAGCAUCAUAUUGCUACAGACUGUGACAUGACAGACAUCUAUAUGAAAGUAUUUCUGUUAUCAGCUUUUAAACUGUAUCAGGCAUGUAGCUGAAUGAAUGAAAGAAGGAAGUUUCAACUGCAUCACUUAAUUUUUCAAUAUAAGAAUGCAAGCAAUUGUUACAAUAAUGAAAAGUACUGAGUGAAUCCAAACAUCCAAUUUUGUGCUAUCAGUGUGUGUGUGGUGGUGGAGGGGUGGGGGGUUGGCAGGCAGGCGCACACAUGCGUAUAGAUUUAAAAAUUUCUGCUUUGAAAAAGGAGUGUUUGAAUGCCUAAGCAGGGAGUCUUCUGUACUUUCUGUGUGCGUAUCUACCUCAUGAAUCAUCAUCUUACAUGUGAGUGGUCAAAUAUCCCUUGGAUUAUCACUUAAUAUGAAAAUGACAUACAAAUUCAAAUAGAAUUACCACAAUAAAUACAGAAAUUGAAACUAAUAAAGCUGUAUAAAUUUAGAAACAUUAGACACCCUGAAGAAGGAUUAUUUAGAUAAACAAUUGCGUCUCGUGUUAAUGCAAAAAAAAAACUUCAACAAAAUAUGGACUUGAUCUGUUAACAUACUAUAUCAUCAUUUCAGAAAUGAGAAAUUAAUAGAAGUAGAUUAUGUUGAGUGAGUUACAUGAUAAUGUGAAUGUCACUGCUGAUGUGAACCUUCCCUGUUUGAUUGUAUGUUACACAGUAAAUUACACUAUGUCAACUCUGAUCACUAUGAUGUUAAAGAAAAUGUGGAAACUGUGUUAAAAACUGCUACUAAGACACAGUUUUAUGAUCAGCCCACACUCAUCAUGUGAUCAUAUACAACUCAGUGAAAACUACAGUGCUUUAAUAGAUUAUGUUUUCAUAAUAGAGAGUUGCAAACUGAAUAACUACAGCUAUCAUAUUUAUUUCCACCAUAUAUGACCUUGUUUAAAGUUAAAUUAUCUAGAUGGGUUUAAUUCAGUAUUAUCCUGUUGACUAGGUUUGACCUACAUCUAACUAGCCUGUGUUCAACUGAAAUGCUGAACUCCUUAAGGCAGACACAUCACUAGGAAUUAACUUUUUACUUAAUAAAAUACAGAAUGAAUCACUCAUUUGUCAGCAGUUUGUAUACUGCAAUGAAACAUCCAGGCAGAUUAAUACUUUGUGCUAUAUCAGGACUCAAACAUUUUCUUUCAUGGGAAAUGCUGUAACUAACUGAGGUACCAACAUUCACCUCACAAUCUGAAUCAGAAUUGCAAUGUACCAAUAUCACAUUUCCAUUGUAGUUCAUCUACAGCAUUAUCUCUACUGUAGAGGAAAUAUUCAUUCUAGGAACAACACUUAGGCUAUAGUUCAGACAUUCUCUCAGCUGGGCUAGGACUGUGAAGUAUGCAAUGGUAUCACUGUGGAGUCAAGGAAGUACGAGAGACAAGACCACACCACAUGGGGAUUCAUAGGAGAUGGCAUAAUUCCUGUGGUGUCUGUGCAUGUUAAGUAUUGCCACUGUUCCUCCAAAAGAUCUGCAACUUGAAACAAACUCCCUGUCUCUGUUGUGUUGUCAUCUCAUUGCCCCAGCUCCUUCUGAGGGUGUCAGCAUGGCUCUGACAGCAAGCAUCAUUCAGCGUAUGUAGGGCAGCAAGCUGACCUCUCCUCACUGCUCCCCGUGUGGACGUCAGCAGGAGCAGUCCAUUGUCCGAGACAUGUAGCAGAUGUGACUGUUUGGGCAGUCUUCAUCAGUGCCUUGGUAACUGCUGCAGCAUCUCAGCAACAUGUGAGACGUUGCCGAGUACUGCAGGCAGCAAGGCAAGCAGCGUCAGCAGCUCACCACCAGUGACAGCAACUGGUGUUGCCAGGAGCAAAGUAGGAUCAUUGUGGUCAGUAAUGGUACAGACUGAAGCUAUCACCUGAUCUAUGAGCCAAGCCAAUAUAUGUCCUAUCAGUGAGAGCAUUUUCCAUGAAAGGCAAGGCUCAAGGUAGAUCACUGGUUGAAAGCACGGUUUUAGUCUGUCAUAAAGUUUCACUGUGGUCACUUAUUUUUAAUUUUGUUUGAUUCUUUACAAGGUUGUUUUCUGUUUGGUCAUUUCUUUUAAAUUUCAUAAAGGAAAGAAAAAAAUUGUGAAAUAGGGAUUCAAAUGUUGGACAUCAAAUGUAAUGGAACUUAGCCAAAUUAUAGAAUAUAUGUGCACAUUAUAGGCAAAACAAGAAAGCAUGUUUCAGUGAACAAAUCAGUUUGGUAUAGUAGAAGUAGAGCUUCUGUGAAAUGUGUUGCAACACAUACUGUUAAUGUUGGCUUCUGUGAUGGUUACAUCAAGAGAUGAAUUCUAUUUUGUUAAAAAAAAUUAUAAGUCUGUAGGAUGAGCCCAACAUUGUCAAGAAUUGUUAUCUUAUAGAAUGAAAUAUCCAUGUUGUGCAUAAACAGAAAAACAUUUAUAAACAGCAAGGAUGCCGUCUCUAGAGAUCUUUGUAGUUAUAAAUAAUCAUGUCCCUGAUGUAAUCCCAAUGUGACAUGUUGCUUGGAAGUAGGGAAUCUUAUGUGGAUUACGUUAACUAACAUACAGUUGUAAAACUGGUGGUCAUUAACAAUACUUAUAGUUACGACUGUGGCCAAUGACCUAGAUUCAAAACUUGCAUUGAUGUGCGCAUGUCCCCCCACCCCCUCCAAUCACCACACACAGUUAAAAGCAUGUUCCUCACUUGUGGAUUUUGGAAACUUCUGCUUGAUCACUAUUUUUUGAUAUAAAAUAUGGAAAAAGAUUGUUUAUGAUCAGUGGGUGGUAUCAAAUAUUAAAUACUUUUCCUCAUUUAUUUCUCACUCUUUGUAACAAUGAUUGUUAUAAUUGUGGAUUAAUGUUUAAGAGGAGUAUUCCUCAAGUUUGUGUCAGUGCGUCUAUUUUUUUAUUUGUAUUUAAAAUUUUAUAAUAACAAAGAAAGAGUCGCAGUACCUGUAGCAUAUUAAUAAGUGACGUGCAGAAUAUAUAUUAAAUUUGUACAUAGGGAAAGAUAAACUCAUAUUGUACAUAUUAUCAUAUAUUUCUGCACAUACUACUAAGUGAUUUGCAAGAAUUAAAUUUAAAAAAUGGUGUAUUUUAGUAGAAAAUGGCUAGAGCAAGUUCAACACAAAUUUUAAAGUGUGGGGUUAUCACUUUAAUAGUUAGGCUAAGCAAGCAAAACUAGUCAAAGAGGACUGAAAUAUUUCUGAACAAAAACUACUAAAUAAACAAUUUUGAGCUUUUAUCAGCAUAUCUCACCAGUCUGUAUAAAUAUUGAGAGGCCUGUGAGUAGAAAAAAAAUGGUUGUGCAUAAAAAACAUUCAAUGAGUAGAUGUAUUGCAUUCAU